AUGUUUAUCCGUUCGCAAGUGGGGACUCCGAACAAACAAGCUCAGUCGCAGAACCCCGAGGCUCGCGAGGUCGGAGCGACUGGGAUUCCUCGCGACAGCAGCCGUUACUCCGUCAGCGACAAAGCCAUGGCCCGAAAUGCAGGGGAGGAAGAUCUUGGCACAGCUGGGGAUCGGUCGGUGGACGGUGGGAGAGAAGAGCCCCAGGGUCCGGACCCGUCGGAAGGCCGCAGCGAAGGGCAACAAUCCAGCAGGAGCCGCUGCCCUUGUAACCGGCUGUCGGACAGGAUCUUCGCUGCCAUCGCCAACUCCUCGGGCCGAAAGGGCAUUUCCCUGGUCGCCUUGAAGCGGGAGCUCCUCGAGAACAAUUACGAUGUCCGCAAGAACAAUUUUCGCAUCAAUAAGGAGCUCCAGAACCUCGUCAACCGAGGGGUCCUCAAACGCAUCAGCGGGCGCGGGGCCUCGUCCACCUUCAAAGUCGUGAGGAACCCCAAGGCUUCGACCCCUAAGAGGGCAUCUCGGAAACCGAGGAGCCAAACUGGAAGAUCAGGAAGGGUCAGGGGUCCGAGAGAUCUCCCCGAGGUCGCCGCCGGGGCCCCGGAGGAAGAGCAGGCGAACCGGAUCGCUGAGCAGAGAAACGGAUCCGAAGGCCAACAGGCCAAAGCCCAGGGACCGUAGGAGGGGAUGAUGGCCACCUUCGUACUUGCCGCUCCCGGGCUCGUCGCUGAGAAAUCACGGGAAGAGUCCUUUUUCUAGCCAAUGCUUUUGGAGCGGGGUUAAAUUGUCCUGCGAGGGUGGCUUAAUGAUGUUCAAAUAGAGGAUUAAUCCAAA